AUGUCUGCAGAAGUCAAAGCUAAGGUUGAUUCCAAAGAUUCAAAAAAACAAAAAACUCAAGGAUGGUUAGUUUUAUAUAAUCAAGCAUCAGCUUCAUUAUGGAGUAUUGUUUUAUUUAAUACAAUUUUUUUAUCAUUAUUUUUAGGUCAACCAUUAUUAUUUGAAAAAACCAAUAGAAUAACUACAGUAAUUCAGACAUUAGCAUUAGUUGAAGUUUAUAAUUCUGCUGUUGGUAUUGUUAAAUCACCAAUUUUAACUACAUUAUCACAAGUUUCUUCAAGAUUAUUAGUUGUUUAUGGAAUUUUCCAAAUUUUACCAAAUUCACCAGCAAAUUCACAUUGGAGUUAUAUUACAUUAUCAUUAUCAUGGUCAAUUACUGAAAUUAUUAGAUAUUUAUAUUAUGCACAAAAUAUUUCAACAAAUGGUAAACCUGCAAAAAUUUUAACUUUAUUAAGAUAUAAUUUAUUUUUUAUACUUUAUCCAAGUGGUGUUGCAAGUGAAAUAUCUAUGAUUAUCUUAUCAUUAAAUGAAGCUAAAUUAGUUGUUGGUGCUUGGUAUAAAUGGUUAUUAAUUAUAAUUAUUGGUGUUUAUGUACCUGGAUUUUAUACAUUAUUUACUCAUAUGUUAAAACAAAGAAAAAGAGCAUUAAGAUCUUUAAAUGAAAAAAAGGAAAAUUAA